AUGAAGUCCUCCACCUUUGUGCUCGCUCUCGCGGGCCUUCUAGCUCUCGUUACUGCCGAUUCCUCCUGCCGUGCAGGUGAGAAGUGGUGCAGCAACAGCACGACUGCCGUAUACUGCAACUAUGACCACGAGGAAUUUCUCUUCACCUGUCCGGACGGUCAGCACUGCGAGGUGAUGAAGCAUCGUCCUAUGGCGUACUGCAGGGAAGGUAGUCCAGAUGUGACCACUGCUCCGUACUCGGCUCCGACUGCUUCCCCAAAGGCCAUCGAGGCAGUAGGAGCUGUCGACUUUGCAAAGACUUCCAAUGAGUUCGCGGACAAUAAUGAACUGAUUGAAGAUGAUGUCUCCAUCUACGACGACGUCGACGAGCCUGUUGACGACAACGAGCUCACUGAAGAAAAUGAGCCCAUUAACAACAACGACCUUACCACAGAAAGCAAACCAUGCCUCGAAGGAACGCAAUGGAAACAUCGCCACGAGUGCUACAAAUGCGAAAAUGCAAAACAGCAGCGAACCCGCCGCUGUCGACGACACUACGCCUGUAGCCUCUCUGACGGCAAACCCGGAUGCAUUCGAAGCUCCCCCAACGAUGGCUGGCGUGCUCGCAACAUCCGCAACACCGUCGAAGCAAUCAAUAUAUCCAAUCUCGCCAAUUCUUCCAACGAAAAGGAUGAACCUGUGUACAAGGAUCCCGUCGACGUUGCAACCACCGCUACAACUUCCAUCAAGAUCCCAGACGACAAAAACAUUUCCUCAGAAGGCAACACAUGCUCCCCCGGAACGCAAUGGACCUGGCUCGAAGAAUGCUGGGAAUGUGAGAAUGGCAGACAAAAGCUGAUGCGUCGCUGCCGACGCCACUUUGAAUGUAAACUACAAGCUGGCAAACCAAGCUGCAGUCGAACUCCACCCAACAAUGACAGACGCGCUCUCGAUACCCUCGAUCCUACAAACCCUGACCCUGAUCCUGCGCUUGCACCUAAAACCACCCCAACCAAUAUCCACACCAUCCAACGUCCCAAACGCAACCUCGACACCACUACCGGUAUAUCCACCCAAGCCAACACCUUCUGCGGUAUCUGCACCUCCAUGCGUGGACUCAACGCCGAACUACGUACCAGCAAUUACAGCUGUCGCAACCACCAUGAUCUCGAUGGGGAAUACUACACGUGUCGGAAUAUGUGGUGUGGACUAUGUGUUUUGUUUGCCGAACGAGAUUGCCAAGGCGACAUCAAAUGGUCUGGAGGACCGGGUGAAGGGACCGGAGACAAGAAGGGUAAUCACGCCAAGAGUCAUUUUUGCAUGUGA